AUGGGGCUGGAGACCGAGAAGGCGGAUGUCCAGCUCUUCAUGGACGACGACUCCUACAGCCGCCACAGCAGUGUCGAUUACGCAGACCCCGACAAGUUCGUGGACCCAGGCAGCGACCGAGAUCCCCACCGGCUCAACUCGCAUCUCAAGGUGGGAUUCGAGGAUGUGAUUGCAGAACCAGUGUCUACGCACUCCUUUGACAAAGUGUGGAUCUGCAGCCAUGCUCUCUUUGAAAUGAGCAAAUAUGUGAUCUACAAGUUCCUGACGGUGUUCCUGGCUAUUCCCUUGGCUUUCGCUGCGGGAAUUCUCUUUGCCACCCUCAGCUGUCUGCAUAUCUGGAUUAUAAUGCCUUUUGUAAAGACCUGCCUAAUGGUCCUGCCUUCAGUGCAGACAAUAUGGAAGAGUGUGACAGAUGUUGUCAUUGCCCCAUUGUGUACAAGUGUAGGACGCAGCUUCUCUUCUGUCAGCCUGCAACUGAGCCACGAUUGA